AAACAAGAACUAAAAAAAAAGGAGGAAACUAAACUAAACUUCCUAAAAUAUUCACUCCAAACCAACCGAAAUCUCCCUCUCAAAAUCUCCACCAUGACUAACCCCAAAAAACCACCACCACCACCACAACCAUCAAUUCUCCACCACAUAUUAACCCUAGACACCACACUUUCCCACAACAUCCACUCAUUAUUCCAACCAAUAAUCCCACGCGCCACCCUUAAACUCCUCGAAAUCACCGGCGAUGGUCGUCUAUGGUUUCCUCUCUCAAUCUCUCUCCUCCUUUCUCCAAUCUCACUCCACUCUCCCACUCUUUACUCUUUCUCUCUCUCUCUCCUCUUAGGUCUCAUCUCCGACAUUCUAUUCAUCGGAAUCCUCAAACACCUUAUAAAACGUCGUCGUCCUAUGUAUAAUCCUGUUAUGGGGUCCACUCUCCCCGUUGACCAUUGGUCUUUUCCUAGUGGUCAUGCUUCUAGAGUCUUCUUUAUUGCUUCUAUUUUCUCUCUCUCUAUCUCAGCCGUUGAUCAAGGGAUUCAUCAUUUGAAGAUUUUUCAUCGGAGUGUUAUUGACCGUUGGAUUGGUGGUCGUGAUUCAGAUAAUGCCUACUAAGACGAUGAAAUGCGUGUUUGCUAUGUUACUCGGGCUCCGCUACAAAAGUCUGUAGGAUGGGUAUGUAACUAUGUAUGUACUAUUAGUAAAUUUUGGGGACUUUACAUACUUUAACCCCACAAAACAUUAGGAUAUGAUGAGUGUAUCUGUGUAUAGCAGGAAGCUUAUGCAUUUGUCUCAAUUGUAGAUACUUAUUUGGG